GUUUGUCUUGUAAUAAUUAUUGGAAUUUUAGUUUUUGUUGUGGAAAAUGUUUCAAAUCUUGGCAUGGUCAUAAGAGGCCUCAGUGUAAUGACAAGUUUAAUAUCAGUUAUAAUUAAGAUUACAUGUUUUUUGAUAAAUCGUAAAAGUGCAAUUGAAAUGCAUAAAAUAUUGAAUGAAUAUUUUAAUAGAGCAUUGAAUAAUAAAAAAAUAAGAAAUGUAAUAUUACGUGAUGUAAAAUUAUUUCAUGGUUUAUCAUGGAUUGUAACAUUUUCAGCAAUGAUUGUUUCAAUUGUUCAUGUUUUAUUGCCAAUAUUAUCAAUUGAAUUACAAAAAAAAAGCAAUAUUGAUAAUGUUAAAUACACACUCAUAUAUCCAGCAAUAUAUCCAUGGAAAAUAUCAGAUGGCGGAUUUAUUUAUAAAUUAAAUUUUAUAUUUGAAACUUAUGGAUCGUUAUUAUUGCAAUUUGCAACAUGUUCAAUUGAUACAUUAUUUUCUUUGUAUUUAUUUCAAAUUAUUGGAUACAUACGUAUGAUGUCGUAUUUAUUACCAAAACCAGAUGAUAAAAAACAAUGUCAAAUAAUUAUACGUGAUUGUGUUGAUCCACAUGGGACACUUAUUAAAUGUCGAAAUAUUAUACAAAAAAUAUAUGGACCAAUUAUAUUGUGGAUGAUGUCGACACAUGCCAUUGUACUUUGUGCUCAAAUAUUUCAAAUUUCACAGAUGAAAAGUAUAUCUAUUUUUCGGGGAAUUAUGCUGGCAAUGUAUGCAAUAUUAAAAAUUGCACAAGCAUUUUUGUAUUCGUGGUCUGGAACUGCCUUGACUUACGAGUGUGAAAAAUUCAGAUCAGCUUUAUAUGAUAUAAAAUGGUUUGGAAAAAAAUCAAUAAUGUCAUCGGUAAUUAUAAUGCUGAAUCAAGGACCAUUCGUUGUAACAGCAUGUCACAUUUCAGAUGUAUCUGUUAAAAUGUUUCUUCAAGUACUCAAUACAACCGUGUCAUAUUUUUUUUUACUUCAAACGAUCAAUGGGAAUUCAUAG